AUGGGUGUGACUGUGGAAUCGAUCUCGAACGGCGACGGCAAGACCUUCCCUAAGGCCGGUGACACUGUAGACAUGCACUACGUGGGUACCCUUCAGUCGAACGGUAACAAGUUCGACUCGUCGCGCGACCGCGGCCAGCCUUUCCGCACCCGCAUCGGUGUAGGCCAAGUCAUCCGUGGUUGGGACGAGGGUGUCCCCCAGCUUUCGCUUGGCCAGAAGGCCCGCCUGAUCUGCACCCCGGACUACGCUUACGGUGCUCGUGGCUUCCCUCCUGUGAUUCCCCCGAACUCGACCCUUGUCUUCGAGGUGGAACUUCUUGCCAUCAACGGCAAGCAGUAA